AUGUUUCGAAAGCGUAUUGUAAAGAGGUAUCUAAUUAUCGUUGCUCUUUUUAUAGCAGGUACCUUGUUUCUACAAAACACGCCGGCUUUUAACCCUAAAAUUCAUUCGUUAGAUCUGAGAACGAAAAGUACUCUUUCCACAAAAUUUCAAGAAUAUAAAGAUCAGUUUAUCUCUUCACUCAGAACGGCGAAGCCUCCCUCGGAUGCCAUCAUGUUUACCGCUUACGGUUUAGAGUCCCCAACUCAUAGCUUAUUUAUGCUGGCUUGUGAUAUGGCUUCGAAUUCGAAAUCUCCCGUUAGCUUCUUGCUCUUAGAAGAUGGAAGCGAACAUUCUGAUUUGUUUAUACUCAAUCGAGAAACAGAAUUUUCGUGCCCUCUCAAUUUCUUUUUUAUGAAUGGCAUUAGUAAGCUCGCGGACGAACUCCCUUUAGAAGAUUUGGUUUCUCUUCAGUUCCAGCGAGCUUUACAAAACAUCUCUCCCUCAGUAGUCAUCAGUUCCAAACAUUCUUCUCAAAUUAUGAAGGAUGCUAUCAAUCCUUAUCUCGAAAAUAACUACUAUAACCAUAAUGUUAUUGAUACGGAUGCUUUGGAAGAAAAUGCCUGGGUUGCAACCCUCGAUACGGAAUCACUAAAACAUUUUCGAACUCCUAGAAUUAAUAUUGUUCUGAUUGCAGAAGAAGGCUCCUUCAAAGAAAUUCCUAAUAUGUUAUCAGAUUUGAAAAAGGACUACCAGAGUCCCGAGGAGUAUCCGGCCAUUCGCAAUCGUUGGCCCCAAGACCGUCUCUUUAUGCAGUUUCACGAAGGAAAGAAAUCCCAUGAGUUUACCGAACUUUGGGUUCCUCCUAACGAUUAUACUUACGCCCUUAUUGUUGACCUGACAAAGGAUUUUUCUGCUGAACUUUCCUCUAAAUUACUUACGUGGUACAAGUACCUUAUUUUGGCGACAUUUUACAAAGAAGAUUCUUCCGUUAUUCGAAAUAAUGUUAUGGCUAUUAUUUCAUCCACCGAAACCGGUUCAGACAAACCUAUUGCAUUCGUUCAAAGGAAACUGUCAAACGUUUCUCUAUUUUCUCCUAUUGCUUUUCAAAAAUUCCAAGAAUACGUUUUCACGAGAAAGUUCGUUCCUGAAUUUAGCAUUCCGAAUUUGAUUCGUGAUGAAAAUGAAGACAACCCUUCUGUUUUAAAGCAAAUAGGGAACUUACUUACUGAAUUCCAAGCGCUGCUAGGUUUAUAUUCUUUGGUGGUCUCUCCGGUAAUUGAUGGACCACUUGAUUCUAUCAAAGUUGACAGCAUUAUGUCAGAUUUCCUCAAGUAUCCUCCCAAUAUAAGCUUUCAUGAGCUUUCUCUGGAUCCCCUUUUUCAUACAUUUGACGAUCAAACAAUUAAUUUACCAAAUGCAAAGAACAUUUCAAUGGAGUUGUAUCAGAGUGUUUCUGGAUGUGCUCAACCUCACGUACUUUCGACUUUUCCCGUUCAAUCCAUAUUUUGCCCAAAAAGCUCAUGA